AUGACUUCUCCGUUCAAGAACAUCGCUAUUGUCGGAGCCAGUGGCUCCAUCGGCCAAAUCCUCCUCGCAGCCCUUGUGGAAGCCAGCGACUUCAACAUCACCGUCCUAACCCGCAUCUCCAGCACCGCUACCUUCCCACCAGGCGUAACCAUCCGCAAAUCCGACUUCUCCGCCGUGGACCUCCGCGAAGCCCUAACCGGUCAAGAUGCCGUGGUUUCAGCAGUUGGUGCCACUGCUUUCGCCGACCAGAAGACCAUCAUUGAUGCUGCUAUCGACGCUGGAGUGUCGAGGUUCAUCCCGUCCGAGUUCUCGGCCGAUAGUCAGAACGAUGCUGUUCUGGCCUUGCUUCCACUGUUUGCGCAGAAGAGGGAGGUCAUUGAGUACCUGAAGGCGAAGGAGAAGGAGAUUACCUGGACGGGUAUUGCGUCUUCGGGCUUGUUUGACUGGGGCAUUGCGAAUGGCUUCCUGGGCUACGACAUCGCAACCCGCACCGCAACGAUCUGGGACUCGGGUGACAAGAAGUUCACAUUUACGAACGAGAAGCAGCUUGGACGGGCCCUUGUUUCCUUGCUAAGACAGCCCGAACCGACGGCCAAUCAAUACCUCUACAUCUCGUCGGUUGAAGCUACGCAGAAUGAGAUUCUGGCGGCACUAGAGAACGCAACGGCGUCGAAGUGGAAUGUUCAGCGGACCACGACCAGUGUGGAAGUUGGAGAUGCCACGGCCAAGUUACAGACCGGCGACUUCAGUGGCGCGCUUACCCUUGUUCGCGCUACGGUUUAUGGUGAUAUCCCCGGUCUUGGGAGCAAUUACGCACAGGAUAGGGCUCUGGCGAAUGAUUUGUUGGGUCUGCGGGCGGAGAGUGUCGAGGAGACUAUCCAGAGGGUUGUUCUUGCGUUUGAGGAGCAUUGA